AUGGUCGCAGCGAACUUUGUCAAGUUGGAAUGCUUUCAUUCAUUGCAUAGCGGAAACAAGCUGCUGAGUUUCUCCGCCCCCUGCUGUUGUGUAUCAUGAGGUUAGCUUCAAGUGAAGCUAGAUGCUAUGGUAGCCAUCAAAUGGCAUCACGUUGGGAAAGUCGACGGACAGUUUUCAACCAUAAAGACUGUUUCGUCCUAGCUGAUGUGUCUAAUAUGGAGGAACAUUAGUCAGUGCUAAACUACAUAUAGAAGAUGCAUGAUUCUAAAUGCCAUGUGAUGACAAGAAGACAAAGAUGAUGGCAUGCCUAAGUGUUUUCCUGAUGGUCAAAUCUCUCCUUCCUACACCAUGGUACUGAUUAUGGACAAAUGGUGCAACUUGUGAGCUUUCUUCAUGAGCAACAUUUUUACAUUGUCACUUCUUUUUGAUUUCAAUGGAGGGAAACGAAUGAACAACCUUGUAAUGUGUGCUGUAUAGUAAUCACUAAUGGAGAACCUUGUAGUAAAUACUGUACAGAGAUCAUGAAUGGACAACCUUGUAAUGUAUAUGUACAGUAAUUUGGACUGUGAUGGAAAGAACCAGUGAGGGGUUGGAGCUGUGAUUGAUGAAGAAAUAUUGAUCAGACUAUUGAAAACUGAAUAUACCAGUAUCCACCAAAGGUCUGGACUGGAUCAUAGUCAUGGAAGACCCCUUUCUGGAUUAUUGCUCCUCUCAAGAGUUAGCAGGAGGGGCAGAUGCUUUCAUUUGUACAGAAUGUGGAGAAGGUUUUGUGCAGUACUCCAGACUAGUAAGUCAUAUGGCCAUUCAUGGAUCUUCAGAGUCAUUCCAGUUGGAUGCUCCCAGUAAUGGCUUGGAAACACCCAUAGAGUUUGUUCUUCAUAAAAAUGGAACACUUACUGUUGUUGAAAGAUUGGAGGCUUCAAAUUCAUCUCUCAAAAUAUCUGAUCCCCAGUCACAGUCCACCACAGAAACGGAGUCAUCAGAAAAUGGCACCAAAGUUUUUCCAUGUGAAAGAUGUGGCCAAGUAUUCAGUAAUCAGUCAAGUUUACUACAGCAUCAGCGGUACCAUUCAUUGGGGCAAGGAUAUAAAUGUACCCUAUGCUGCAAGGUUCAUGAUGACCGAGAGAGUCUUCGGGAACAUCUUCAAGAUCAUGCACAUGAGAGAUUCUAUAGCUGUGGACACUGUGGGAAAAGAUUUCUUAGACCCGAAACAUUAUCAACUCAUCAAAAAGAAUGGCAUGGAUCACUUGUGGCCAGGAAUUCCGUUAAGCUUGCAAAGAGUCAGGAAAACAACAUUGGCAAAUUCUAUCAAUGCAAGUUAUGUGAAUUGCACUUCUUUUGGCUCUCCGACUUACAAAGCCAUCUCAUCAGUCAUUCCCUCAAAAAAACUGCAGAUACCAGUGAAUCUGUUGUUGAUGAGAAGGUGUCCAGUAACCCUUAUAAUAGCGUUGACCGUACAUACCGAUGUGGUUUGUGUGGAAAAACCUUCUACAGACUGUCAGACCUCAUGGACCAUCAUUUGUCUCACCAAGCCAAGGAGGAAAAAUCAAAAACUGAAACAAAGGCUACAAGACGGACCCAAAUCGAUCAUGGCUACAAACCUUUCGCAUCCAGGCAAGCAAUUUAUAGGUUAGAUGCCCCCAGGUCAAGAAGGAUGCGGGGUAGAUCACGUGGGGCCCACCAAAGUAGCACUAGAUUGUAUCCGUGCAAACACUGCCAUCGUGUAUUUGUGCACUCAAGUAGUUUGUCUCGUCACAACCGGUACCAUAAGGGAACUCUGCACACUUGCGUCUACUGUGGGAAGCAUUUUCCACAAAGAUGUGAUGUCACCAGGCAUAUAGCCAUGUAUCAUAAAGCAGAACUGGGAGCUGCAGCAGAUGAGAAUGCUAAGAAGCAUGAUGAGUCACCAGAAAGGAAUGCUUCAGAGGAACAAGAAAACGAAAAGGAUUUAGAUGAUGAACAAGAAAGUCCAGUUAACGAAACCUCAGGGACAAAAGAGAUGCCUGGUCCUCCAAAGGCACGACUGUCUUUCAAGUGUCGUGAAUGUGGUAAAGUCUUUGGUUUGCUUAGUGUUUAUCAACGGCAUCAACGCUACCACAAGAGGGAACCAGCUCGACAGCUGCACAAAUGUUCUCACUGUCGGUGCCGUUUUUCGCAAUUGUCUGCUCUUGAGCGCCAUCUAAAAACUCAUGACAAGGAAGCACCUUCAGAGGUUGGAAAAGAAGGGUUACCUACUGUCGAUGCCAAUAAGGAUAACCAUGCAAACUCAGAAGACACUGAUGAUACAGUUGAGGAUGAAGAUAUUAAUGUCGAAGGUGAUGAGAGUGUGAAUGCUGAAAUACUGUAUGAAUGCACAGUGUGUGCCAAAUCAUUUUCUUCCAUGAAAACGUUCAUGAAACAUCAGAGUGAGCAUGGUUAACUUUAGAUGAUGGUCAUUUAUGUUUAGUGUGAACCACAACACAUAGGCUAGACCAAUUUACUAAAAUCGAUGAUCGUGUUCAGUUGCAGCCCUGUGUUUUGCUUGGGAGGGCAAGAAUCCCACUCCACAAUUUCUUUGUCCCAUAUUUUAAACAAAGGACUAAUGUUUGUCAUUGUAUGUAAAACUUGACUUCUUGACUUGACUUGACCAUCACAGUCUCUUAAUUAGUGUUUUACCAUAUUCAUUUAAGAAGUGAUUUCCUAAUUGUAGCACAUGAUGUCCCUUUUUAAUAAUGUGCCAUGCCAAAAUCAAGGAUAGGUUUUUAGAAAUGUCAUCACCAUAUUUCUUACCUGCCUUUCUGUGUUCAUCAUGCCCAUAAAUCUAAAUCGUUGUAUGUUGCAGAAGACGAGGAAUUGCUUUGAAGUUUGUCUAUAUUAAAACUGCAUGACAUUUGAUCUUAUAUGCUGUUCAUGGGAGUGGAUUAACACUACUGAUACUUUAAAGGACUGUAUUUUCUUGGAAUGCUAGAUUGAAAUAUCACUCAAUUUCCUCAAUCAUGAUGAUUUAUGUUUCUGCCAUAGCAGUCAUUAUUCUGUCUACAAUAGAAUAGAUAAAAAGCGGUUAGGAAAGUUUGUUUUUUACUAAAUUAAAGUUAGAUUCUUCUUUUUGUAAGUGAA